AUGGAGAAGCCUUUUCCUCUUCUGGCUCACCCUUACCGGUCGCCUACUCGAGGCUCUGUUGCCUACGAGAUGGGUAACACAGCAUCCAGAAACGCCAUCGUCUUCAUUGGUGGCCUGAAAGAUGGCCCUCAUACCACGGGGUACAUCCGACAUGUUGCCAGAGAGCUGGAGAAGCUGCCCGAGUUGGGCUAUUCUGUGUUUGAGAUACGGAUGAGGAGCUCCUUCGAUGGAUUCGGAACAGCGAGCCUGGCAGAUGAUGUCCACGACAUCGCGGCCCUUGUCAAGUACUUGCGGGCUAUCAACCGAGAAAAGAUUAUCUUAUUUGGUCAUUCAACGGGUUGCCAGGACUGCGUGGAGUAUGCCAAUUACCCAAGAUACUCCAAUCCUCCAGUGGAUGGCUUCAUCCUCCAGGCUCCCGUCUCGGAUAGAGAGGGCGCAGAGAUGAUGUUCCCUGACUGCAAAGCCAAAGUCGAGUAUGCGGCCAAGAUGAUCGCCGAGGGGAGGGGAGGAGACUGUCUGCCCAGCGAGCAGUCGUUUAGCAUGUUGGGCGCACCAGUGUCGGCGCAGAGGUUCUACGACCUCUAUGCCAAGGGUGGUGCCGAUGACUAUUUUUCUUCCGACCUAGACAUUGCAACGCUCAGCAAGUUCUGGGCUCGGUUUAACAAGCCUGUG